AUGGGCGAGAAAAUUGUUAUUGUUGGUGCCGGUAUUAUUGGCCUUUACACUGGAUACCUCUUAUGCCAACAGGGCCGCGGCCAAGACCUCGUUUUUAUUGCUGAAUACCUCCCUGGUGACCAAUCCAUCAACUAUACAUCCCCUUGGGCCGGUGGUAACUUUUCCUGCAUUUCUUCGGAUUCUCCCAAGGCACUUCGUCAUGAUAAGCUCUCUUUCAUUAAUCUGCGCAAAAUUCACGAUCUUUAUGGACCCCAGGCCGGCCUGGCCAUGCUUCGCACUGAAGAGUACUGGGAGACACAACUUCCCUCUGAUGCCAAAAUUGAGUCUCUGAAGAGCUAUAUCCCAGACCUCCGUAUUGUUCCCAAAAACGAACUUCCUGGAAAGGCUCUCUUUGGUGUGACUUAUACCACUUUUAACUUCAACUCGCCUAUGUUUCUUAAAUUCCUCGCCAAAUAUGUUUCUCAACAAGGUGCUACCUUUAUCCGCAGAAAGCUUGACCACAUUGGUCAAGCCUUUGAGUACGCAACCCCUUCGUCUCCACUGUCUCCUACUGUCAUCUUUAACUGCACAGGCAUUGGUGCACAAACUCUCGGCGGAGUUGCUGACACGGACGUUUACCCCACACGUGGCCAGGUUGUCGUGAUUCGUGCUCCUCAUAUCAACGAAAACAGAGCUAUUUGGAGUCCUUACUCUGCAACUUAUAUCAUUCCUCGCCCUUAUUCAUUUGUUGAUACCCAAGCCGAAGGUUCUGUUGGCAGUACAGUUUCCGGAUCCACUGGUAAGACUGGAAAUGUUGGUCACAUUGUUCUUGGUGGAUUUCUUCAGCAAGGCAACUACUCGGGUGACACUUAUGGUCACGAAACUUUCAACAUUCUCGACCGUGCUACUGCAUUGUACCCUGAGCUGUUGCGUGACCCCAUUACUGGCAAGAAUAAAACUAUCCAUGAACUUGAGAUUGUUCGUGAAGCUGCUGGUCUGAGACCAUCGCGAAAGGGCGGCGUACGCAUUGAGACCGAGCGUCUUGACGAAGAUAAGUACAUUGUUCAUAACUAUGGUGCUGGAGGUACUGGCUAUCAGUCUGGCCUUGGAAUGGCUAUUGAAUCUGUUGGUUUGUUUAACGAAAUUGGAUCAAAGGGAAAGCUUUAG